UUCCCUCGCGGCCACGAGCGGCUCCUUGACGUGAUGACGGCGUGCCUGUCUGACACGUGACAGCACGCACGAGCAAAGACAGCACGGGCCCAGUCUGGACUGCCAACUAAAAACAUUUUGGAUCCAAAAUCUGACAUUCCUGUAGUUUGUAAAUGUUUCAUUCCUGAAGCGGAAUUUCCCGAACUUACUUCCGCUUUCGCUCUGAAGGCGGGGGUGUGUUCCUGCUGCCGCGCGAGCCCCACCCUCCGCUGUUGUUGUUUUGAUUAUUAAUAACAGUCGCGCUCUGUGGCUCGUGCUGUCAACCGCUGAGUAGGUGCCGCCGAGAGUUGGCUCGCCGCGCGCAUGCAGCAGAAUGGCUCGAGCGGUUCCAACGGCUCUGACGGCUGCGGCAGCAGGGAUCGUCCGGCUCCGUCCUUCAGCCCGCUGCCCGCCGCCACGACGCGGGUGAGGCGCUUCAUUCAGGAGAGACGGACGCUGCCUCUACCCAGAGUGAUGGUGGUGUUCUCGGCCGCGGGGGACACCGAGAAACCGGGCGAUGCCAUGUCCAGCGCGGACUCUGCUGCGGAGGACGAGUUCCGAAAGCCGGCCUCCCCAGCACCGAGCUUCAGCCUCGGCACGCCGCUCCGCUCCUCGCUCAACACACCGGAGCAGGAGUUUCCAGAGGUCAUCUCUCUGAACGUUGGGGGCACAUACUUCACCACCCGCCUGUCCACGCUGCGACGAUACGAGGACACCAUGUUGGCCGCCAUGUUCAGCGGGCGUCACUACAUCCCACGUGACGCUGAGGGACGCUACUUCAUUGAUCGGGAUGGAGCAUAUUUUGGGGACAUCCUGAACUUCCUGCGAGAAGGCGAGCUUCCCCACAGGGACCGGGUGCGGGCAGUGCACAGAGAGGCUCAGUACUACUCCAUCGGCCCGCUGCUGGACAGCCUGGAGGACACUCAGCCGCUCACAGGGGAGAAAGUCCGACAAGCUUUCCUCGAUCUGCUGCCCUACUACAGAGACAAUCUGGAGCGUAUCGUGGAGAUUGCCAAACUGCGGGCCAUGCAGAAGAAGGCACGGUUCGCCAAGUUGAAGAUCUGCGUCUACAAGGAGGAGAUGCCCAUCACGCCAUACGAGCGUCCUCUUUUUAACUCUCUGCGUUUUGAGCGCUCGGACAGCGAGGCCAAGCUCUUCGAGCACCACUGCGAGGUGGACGUUUCCUUCGGACCCUGGGAGGCGGUGGCGGACGUUUACGACCUGCUGCACUGCAUCGUCAGUGACCUGGCCGAGCGCGGCAUCACCGCCGAGCAGCAGUGUAUCGGCGUCUGCGACAAGCACCUUAUCAACCAUUACUACUGCAAGAGGCCCAUCUACGAGUUCAAGAUCACGUGGUGGUGAAGCUGGAGGGAGAAAGUCGGGGCUGAUGGGACCAAAAAGCAAAAGGAUGGAUGUUUCAUUUUUACUAGAACUCGGCCGAUAUUGGUUUUUGUAUUGAAGUUGCCAAUAUUUUGUGCUGAUGUCUUAAAAUGUGACCCUUUAAGUCAUGCUUCAACAUGUAAGUAAUCUGUUUCCCCUAAAAUUUUUCUUUCUUUUUAAAAUGACCCCCCCCCCCCCCCCCCCCCCCCCCCCAGCAAACAAAUUACACCCAGCUGCCAGUUCAUUAGGUACACCCAGCCUAUAACAGUCCUGCAAUAAAUCUUUAAACUUGCAUUUUAACUUGCAUAAAGGGCGGAGUUAUUGCAGGACUGUUGUAUUAUUGACUGCAGCAGUUUUAGCCUGGUGUACCUAAUAAACUGGACACAGAGUGUAAAUACCAAAGCACUGCUAGGCCUUUUAAGAGCAACAUUAACACCCCUUUAAAAUCCUGUUUUUACUCACCUCCAGUGGUUUAACUUCUCACCUUGAUGCAGUGAUGUAACGGUGUACUCCAGGACGUUGUGACAUCACUGUAAGGCGUGGUUACAGGUGCAGCAAAGCACACCUGUGACCACGCACCCAACAGUAAUGAAGAAGAGGUGAAACAGUUUUAACUCUGAACCAGAGAGGAAAAAUACUGCUGUUCAGUCGGUAAGUUAUCUAUCAUUAAAUUCUGAUAUUUAGGAAGCAGGGCAUAUUUCAAGGUUUGGUGGCGCUCAGAGUCCAGCACACAGUCACUGUGGUUACACUCAGGUUGAAGCAAAACCACAAAGCAAAAAUGAUACCCCUCAGGUUGCAGCUACGUGUGCAAAACGCGAGUGAAAGGUCGGCCAUUAUGCAGCGUCUGCAAACAGCUGAGUAUGAUUUCUAUCUGUGGGACACAUCUGAAACGGACGAUUUAAAGCUGGAGUGCAGAACUUAAGUCUCCUUCCUCUGGCAGUGUGAGUAUUGUUUAGACUACACGACAUUUUUGUCUGUUAUUAUUAGAGUUAUUAAGGUAGUUUAUUCUAAGGCUGUGUAACGAUACUAAUCCAGUACUCUUAAAACGAUACCGACACCAACUGAGUACUUCAUUCCAUACAUUAAAACUUUAUUAAUAACCUGGGCUUUUAUUGGUUCAGUCACUGAACUCAACUGGUGUAUAUUUGGGACAGGUGCCUGUAGGCGACAGACCUCACUCAAGAAAGAUGGGAAAUACGAUCAAAUUGUUUAUUUAAACCAGUAUGAAUAUUACUUAAAAAAAAAAAAUUAGGCUAUGCAAUAACAUAUCUGUUAGGAAUCAUUCAUUUGAUCUAGCUCUGAGACACACACACAUACACGCAGUCACGAUGGUUGUUUUACUGCACCUGGCGUACACAGGCGCACCAACACAACACGUUUCUCUAUCCUGUUAAAACAAUGCUCACAACUUGGAAUCAUUUUUUUUAAAAACCCGUCCUGGUUCUUUUGAUCAGUGAAACCUUACAGACUUAAGGAAUAUAAAUAAUACAGGUUCAUCUGUCUGCCGGUAAAUCUGAAUGAAUUCUACUUUGGUGCUCAUGUUUAUCUUAAAAUAAACUGAACGACUGAAUUGCAGAGAAUCUAGUGGAGUUAACGAUGUGUAGCAGUUUAAACAUUUAUGCAGCUAACUAACUUUAGCUCAUGUAGCUGACAACCUGGCGGGUUUUGAAAGGUUUUAUAUCCAAAGAUCUUCUAUAAAAAUGAACUGCCUCACAGUGGCAGCCUGACGUGGCGUCUAACUGUGACUAGUGUUUAGUUGUGGAAACGUGUAGCAAAGAAAAACGGACUCAUCGUUUCAUCAGGACUUUUAAUUAAAUUUUUACAGAAGUCAUCAUUUCAAGGGUUUCAGUGGCACCUCGGCACACUAAAGUCCACGCUCAACGUCACCAGACCUGCUGCCCA